CAGUUUCACUGGGAAGACUUCCGGUGUGUGUCAUGGCGGCGGCAUGGUAAAGCCUGUUUUAAGGGGAAAAUAACCAACCCGUUCUGUCGUUACCCGACAGCGGUUUGGAAUCGGUUUAAGUUCUUAUUGGACAGGGACGUGCACUACAUAUUGGAAUUGCAAUAACUCAUUCGCAGUUUCCGCUCGGCCAUGGCGGCACAUAAACCAGUGGAAUGGGUCCAGGCCGUGAUUAAUAGAUUCGAUGAGCAGCUUCCCAUCAAAACAGGGAACAUCCAGAACACCCACACCAGAGUCAGCACAGAGCACAACAAGGAAUGUCUGAUCAACAUUUCAAAGUACAAGUUCUCUCUUGUAAUCAGUGGCCUCACCAACAUUCUAAAAAAUGUCAACAAUAUGAGGAUAUUUGGCGAGACGGCUGAGAAGAACCUGUACCUCUCUCAACUGAUCAUACUGGACACACUAGAGAAGUGCCUGGCAGGGCAAUCUAAGGACUGUCUGCGUCUGGACGAGGCCAUGCUGGUAAAGCAACUCCUCCCAGAGAUCUGCCACUUCAUCCACACGUACCGUGAGGGCCACCAGCACGCCACAGAGCUGCGUAACUCCGCCUCUGGGGUGCUGUUCUCCCUGAGCUGCAACCACUUCAACGCUGUCUUCAGCCGCAUUUCCACCAGACUUCAGGAGCUGACAGUUUGCUCAGAAGACACUGUGGAUGUCCAUGACAUAGAGCUCAUGCAGUACAUCAAUGUGGACUGCUCCAAGCUCAAAAGACUGCUCCAAGAAACUGUUCUAAAAUUCAAAGCCCUCAAGAAACCUGCACAACUUGCCGUCAUUAACAGUUUAGAAAAGGCUUUCUGGAACUGGGUAGAGAACUACCCUGACGAGUUCACAAGACUCUAUCAAAGACCACAGACAGACAUGGCUGACGCUGCAGAGAAGCUCUUUGACCUCGUUGACAGCUUUGCAGAAAGUGCCAAGAGGAAGGCGGCAGUGUGGCCCCUGCAGAUCAUCCUCCUCGUCCUCUGUCCCGAGAUCACACAGACCAUCUCCAGAGAGGUGGUGGAAGACAGCAAGGCCAAUAAAAAGCUGUUCAUGGACAGCUUACGGAAGGCUCUAGCAGGUCAGGGUGGCAGCAAGCAACUCACGGAAAGUGCGGCCAUCGCUUGUGUCAAACUCUGCAAGGCCUCCACUUACAUCAACUGGGAGGAUAAUUCUGUCAUCUUCCUCUUGGUUCAGUCCAUCGUGGUGGACCUCAAGGCCUUGCUCUUCAACCCAGCAAAGCCUUUCUCACGGGGGGCGGGCAGCCAGAGCGCCGACGUGGACCUCAUGAUUGACUGCUUCGUAUCCUGUUUCCGUAUCAACCCCCACAACAACCAGCACUUUAAGGUGUGUUUGGUGUCCUCCUCCCCCUCCACCUUUCACUUCGUCCUGGUCAACUCUCUGCACAGGAUCAUCACCAAUUCCCACCUGGAUUGGUGGCCGAUGAUAGACGCUGUGUACUGCUAUUCUGGGGAACUGAGAUGCAUGUUUUCAGAGACUCUGAGCAGAGUGACACAAGGCCCCAACACACACGCACCGAGUCUGACGUUUAAGGACAGGAUGACCACCAGCCUUAAGUUCAAAGAGAAAGCCACAGAGCUGGACACACGCAGUUACAAGUGCCUCCUUCUCGCCCUGGUCAAGCUGAUCCACGCCGACCCCAAACUGAUGCUGCAUAACCCAGGGAAGCAGGCUCAGGAGAUCCAGAGCAGCUCUGUGGAGCUCAUCACUGGCCUUGUGCAGCUGGUGCCCUUCGCCAACACGGCCCAGCUCUCCCAGGAGGCCAUGGAGGCUCUGCUAGUCCUCCACCAGCCAGAAACCAUUGAGCUGUGGAACCCUGAUGCCCCAAUUGAAACCUUCUGGGACAUCAGCUCCCAGGUGCUCUCUACCAUCUGCGAUAAGCUGAUUAGUCACCAGCUAGUCAACAGCACAGAGGUGUUGAAAUGGCUGCGGGAGAUCCUGAUCUGCAGGAACAAAUUCCUCCUCAAGAACAAGGAGUGUGCCACCCAUGGCAGUUGCAUUCCUAUCUGCCGGAGGGCCCAAACCAAGCUGGAGGUGUGCCUCUACCUGUUCCUCUGGAGCCCUGACGCAGAGGCAGUGCUGGUGGCAAUGUCCUGCUUCCGUCACCUCUGUGAGGAGGCUGACAUCCGCUGCUCUGCAGACGAAGUGCCCGUUCAGACCAUCCUGCCCAACUAUGCCACCUUCUGCGAGUUUGCCUCGGUCAGCAACAUGAUGGCGACCAGCCGCUCCACCCUACAGAAGAGAGUGAUGGCCUUGCUGAGGAGGAUCGAACACCCCACCUCUGGGAACACUAAGGCAUGGGAGGACACGCAUGCCAAAUGGGAGCAGGCCACCAAGCAGAUUCUUAACUUGCCGAAAAACAAAGUAGAGGAUGGUCAGGAGUGGAUCAACAUGACCGGCUUCCUGUGUGCCCUGGGUGGGGUGUGUCUCCAGCAACACAACACCCCUGGUCCAGUCACCUACAGCCCUCCGAUGGGCCCCAUGACAGAGCGCAAACACUCCAUGAUCUCCGUGAUGUCCUGCGAGGUGUCGGCAAACUCCGCCGCCUCUUCUUCCUCCUCCAAUGAAACGCCUCUGAGCAGCUUCCUGGACCGCCUCCUGGCGCUGUUGGUGUGUGGGCACGAGCGGGUCGGCCUGCACGUGCGGACCAACGUCAAAGAUCUGCUGGGUCUGGAGCUCAGCCCAGCGCUCUACCCCAUGCUCUUCAACAAGCUCAAGAACAGCAUCGGGAGGUUCUUUGACACGCAGGGCCUGGUCCCCAUCAACGACACCAACACCCAGUUUGUGGAACAGACCAUCGCCAUCCUGAAGAACCUUCUGGACAGCCACACAGAGGGCAGCUCCGAACACCUGGGCCAGGCCAGCAUAGAGACCAUGAUGCUCAAUCUGGUCAGGUAUGUGCGUAUCCUCGGCAACAUGGUGCACGCCAUCCAGAUAAAGACCAAUCUGUGCCAGCUAGUGGAGGUGAUGAUGGAGAGACGAGACGACCUGUCCUUCUGCCAGGAGAUGAAGUUCAGGAAUAAGAUGGUGGAGUACUUGACAGACUGGGUGAUGGGAACUUCUAACCAUGCUGCAGACGAUGGGAUCAAAUGCCUAACCAGGGACCUGGACCAGGCCAGUAUGGAGGCGGUGGUGUCUUUGUUGGCAGGGCUGCCUCUCCAGCCAGAGGAGGGAGACGGUGUUGAACUGAUGGAGGCCAAGUCCCAACUCUUCCUCAAGUACUUCACAUUGUUUAUGAACCUGCUGAACGACUGCAGCGAGGUUGAGGACGAGGGCCAGCCCGUGGGUGGCAGGAAGAGGGGCAUGUCGCGGCGUCUGGCUUCCCUGCGCCACUGCACGGUGCUCGCCAUGUCCAACCUGCUUAACGCCAACGUGGACAGCGGCCUCAUGCAUUCCAUAGGUCUGGGCUACCAUAAGGAUCUGCAGACACGGGCCACCUUCAUGGAGGUGCUUACCAAGAUCCUGCAGCAGGGGACGGAGUUUGACACUCUGGCCGAGACGGUGCUGGCUGACCGCUUCGAGAGGCUGGUGGAGCUGGUCACCAUGAUGGGUGACCAGGGCGAGCUGCCCAUCGCCAUGGCACUGGCCAACGUGGUGCCGGGUUCCCAGUGGGACGAGCUGGCGCGCGUGCUGGUGACGCUGUUUGACUCGCGUCACCUGCUCUACCAGCUGCUGUGGAACAUGUUCUCCAAGGAGGUGGAGCUGGCGGACUCCAUGCAGACGCUCUUCAGAGGCAACAGCCUGGCCAGUAAAAUAAUGACCUUCUGUUUCAAGGUGUAUGGUGCUGUAUACCUACAGAAGCUUCUAGAGCCUCUGCUUCGAGGGGUCAUCACCACCCCAGAAAACAUCAGCUUUGAAGUAGACCCCACCAGACUAGAUCAAGGGGAGAACCUGGAGGAGAACCAGAGGAACUUGCUCCAGAUCACAGAACGCUUCUUCCUGGCCAUCAUCAACUCAUCCAGCGAGUUUCCCCCUCAGCUACGGAGUGUGUGCCACUGUCUGUACCAGGCUACUUGCCACUCUCUACUGACUAAAGCCACAGUAAAAGAGAAAAAGGAAAACAAAAAAGCAGUGGUUAGCCAGCGCUUCCCCCAGAACAGCAUUGGUGCAGUAGGCAGUGCCAUGUUCCUGCGUUUCAUCAACCCCGCCAUUGUGUCACCCUACGAGGCGGGCAUCCUGGACAAGAAGCCCUUGCCCAGGAUAGAGAGAGGCCUCAAGCUCAUGUCUAAGAUUCUGCAGAGUAUUGCCAACCACGUCCUAUUCACCAAGGAAGAGCACAUGAGGCCUUUUAAUGACUUUGUGAAAAGCAACUUUGAUGCAGCUAGUCGGUUUUUUUUGGACAUCGCAUCUGAUUCUCCACCAAGUGACUCAGUAAACCACAGCCUGUCUUUUAUCAGUGAUGGCAAUGUACUGGCCUUACACCGUCUACUGUGGAAUAAUCAGGAGAGGAUAGGCCAGUAUCUAUCCAGCAACAGAGACCACAAGGCUGUAGGCAGGCGGCCUUUUGACAAAAUGGCCACCCUCCUUGCUUACCUGGGUCCCCCUGAGCACAAGCCGGUAGAUGACACUCAUUGGUCUAGCCUUAACCUCACCAGCUCCAAGUUUGAGGAGUUCAUGACAAGGCACCAGGUGCAUGAGAAAGAGGAGUUCAAGGCCUUGAAGACCCUUAACAUCUUCUACCAAGCUGGCACUUCCAAGACUGGAAACCCUGUCUUCUACUACGUUGCUCGCAGGUUCAAGACCGGACAAAUCAAUGGUGACCUGCUGAUCUAUCAUGUCCUCCUGACCCUCAAGCCCUACUACGCCAAGCCCUAUGAAAUCGUGGUGGAUCUCACGCACGUAGGUCCCAGCAACCGCUUUAAGACGGACUUUCUCUCCAAUUGGUUUGUGGUCUUCCCCGGCUUCGCCUAUGAGAAUGUGGCAGCUGUCUACGUCUAUAACUGCAACACCUGGGUGCGGGAGUACACCAAGUAUCACGAGAGGCUGCUGACCAACGUGAAGGGCAGCAAGCGGCUGCAGUUCAUCGACUCACCGGCGAGGCUGGCGGAACACGUGGAGUCCGAUCAGCAGAAACUGCCCGCAGCUACGCUAGCCUUGGAAGAAGACCUAAAAGUCUUCCACAAUGCUCUCAAGUUGGCCCACAAGGACACCAAGGUCUCCAUCAAGGUGGGAUCCACUGCUGUCCAGGUGACCUCGGCCGAGCGGACGCGUGUCCUCGGCCAACCUGUCUUCCUCAACGACGUCUACUACGCCUCUGAGAUUGAGGAGAUCUGCCUGGUGGAUGAGAGCCAGUUCACCCUCACCAUGGCCAAUCAGGGCACGCCGCUCACCUUCAUGCACCAGGAGUGUGACGCCAUCGUUCAGUCCAUCAUCCACAUCCGAACCCGCUGGGAGCUCUCCCAGCCUGACUCCAUUCCUCAGCACACCAAAAUAAGGCCCAAAGAUGUGCCGGGCACACUGCUCAACAUUGCCCUGCUCAACCUGGGUAGUUCUGACCCCAGUCUCAGGUCUGCUGCGUACAACCUCCUCUGUGCCUUAACCUGCACCUUCAACCUGAAGAUUGAGGGCCAACUGCUGGAGACUUCAGGCCUGUGUAUCCCAGCCAACAACACACUGUUCAUAGUCUCUAUCAGCAAGACUCUAGCUGCCAACGAGCCACAUCUCACUCUUGAGUUCCUGGAAGAGUGCAUCUCUGGUUUCAGCAAAUCCAGUAUUGAAUUGAAACACCUGUGUCUGGAGUACAUGACACCCUGGCUGCUCAACCUGGUGCGCUUCUGCAAGCACAAUGAUGACGCCAAGCGCCAGCGCGUCACCGCAAUCUUGGACAAGCUGAUCACAAUGACCAUCAAUGAGAAGCAGAUGUACCCUUCUAUCCAGGCUAAGAUCUGGGGGAGCCUAGGCCAGAUUACAGACCUGUUGGAUGUGGUGUUGGACAGCUUCAUCAAGACCAGCGCUACGGGCGGCCUGGGCUCCAUCAAGGCUGAGGUCAUGGCGGACACGGCUGUAGCUCUAGCCUCUGGGAAUGUCAAGCUGGUAUCCAGCAAGGUGAUUGGUCGAAUGUGCAAGAUCAUUGACAAGACGUGCCUGUCACCUACCCCAACCCUGGAGCAACACCUUAUGUGGGAUGACAUCGCUAUCUUGGCACGCUACAUGCUGAUGCUGUCCUUCAACAACUCCCUGGACGUAGCGGCUCACUUGCCCUAUCUCUUUCACGUGGUGACGCUGCUGGUGGCCACGGGCCCCCUGUCCCUCCGAGCUUCCACGCAUGGCCUGGUCAUCAACAUCAUUCACUCACUUUGCACCUGCUCCCAGCUUAACUUCAGCGAGGAAACCAAACAGGUGCUCCGGCUGAGCCUGACAGAGUUCUCCCUGCCCAAGUUCUACCUGCUGUUCGGCAUCAGCAAGGUCAAGUCUGCCGCCGUCAUCGCCUUCCGUUCCAGCUACCGUGACCGCUCCUUCUCCCCGGGCUCCUACGAGAGAGAGACCUUCGUCCUGUCUUCGUUGGAGACGGUCACCGAGGCCCUGCUGGAGAUCAUGGAGGCGUGCAUGAGGGACAUUCCAGGUUGCAAGUGGCUGGACCAGUGGACUGAGCUGGCUCAGAGGUUUGCAUUCCAGUACAACCCCUCUCUGCAGCCCCGGGCGCUAGUCGUGUUUGGCUGCAUCAGUAAGAGGGUGACCCACAGUCAGAUCAAACAGAUCAUCCGUAUCCUCAGCAAGGCCAGUCCACUCCUCAGCAUAGACCGGGGUCUGGAGAGCUGCUUAAAGGGACCUGAUAAUUACAACAGCCAGGUUUUAAUCGAAGCUACUGUCAUCUCUCUGACUAAGCUGCAGCCUCUUCUGAACAAGGAGUCUCCCAUGCACAAGGCUCUGUUCUGGGUGGCAGUGGCUGUGCUCCAGCUAGACGAGGUCAACCUGUACUCAGCUGGGACGGCCCUGCUCGAGCAAAACCUCCACACGCUGGACAGCUCGCGUGCGUUCAAUGAUAAGAGUCCUGAAGAGGUGUUCAUGGAGAUCAGGCGGCCCUUGGAAUGGCACUGCAAGCAGAUGGACCACUUUGUGGGUCUCAACUUCAGCUCCAACUUCAACUUUGCCCUGGUGGGGCACCUUCUUAAGGGUUACAGACACCCAUCCCCCACCACAGUGGCACGAACCGUGCGUAUCCUUCACACAUUGUUGGCUCUGGUGGGGAAGCACCUCAACUGUGACAAGUUUGAGGUCAACACCCAGAGUGUGGCCUACCUGGCAGCCUUGCUUACCGUGUCAGAGGAAGUACGCAGUCGCUGCAACCUGAAACACAGGAAGUCCUUCCUGCUGUCUGACAUUGCCAUUGAAAAUGUGACCAUGGAUACCUAUUCUCUCUACCACAGUGACCCAAGCUGCAGGACGCUACGAGAGAACCAGCCGUGGGCUUCUCCCAAAGUGUCGGAGCGCUACCUGACCCCACACCACUACCCCACGGUGGGCCAGGUCAGCCCUCGCACCCGCAAGUCCAUGAGCCUGGACAUGGGUCAGCCUUCCCACGCAAACACCAAGAAACUGCUGGGCACCAGGAACAGCUUCGACCACCUAAUCUCGGACUCUAAAGCACCAAAGAGACAAGAGACAGAGUCCGGCAUGACCACCCCUCUCAAGAUCAGGCGUGUUGGAGAGAACAAUUAUGAGAUCGAGAGCCAAAGAAUAGGCAACUCCCAUGUCCGUGUGGUGUCCGUAUCAGAGUCCAACGUUCUCCUGGACGAGGAGGUGCUGACUGAUCCAAAAGUACAGGCUCUCCUGCUGACUGUGCUGGCCACCCAGGUCAAAUAUACGACAGAUGACUUUGACCAGAGAAUCUUGUAUGAGUAUUUGGCUGAAGCAAGUGUUGUCUUCCCUAAAGUCUUUCCUGUUGUCCACAAUCUGCUGGACUCCAAGAUCAAUACACUCCUGUCCAUGUGCCAGGAUGCCAACCUGCUGAACCCCAUCCAUGGCAUCAUCCAGAGCGUUGUCUACCAUGAAGAGUCACCCCCACAGUACCAGCCCUCCUACUUACAAAGCUUUGGCUUCAACGGACUUUGGAGGUUUGCCGGGCCCUUCUCAAAGCAAACCCAGAUCGCGGAUUACGCCGAGCUGAUAGUGAAGUUCCUGGAGGCCCUGAUUGAGAGCUACCUGCCAGGCACGGAGGACGAGAGGGUGGAGGAGCAGCUCCGCACCCCCACCUCCCCCUACCCACCUGUCACCCAGAGUCAGCUCAGCAUCACCGCCAACCUCAACCUCUCCAACUCCAUGACCUCACUGGCUACCUCCCAGCACUCGCCAGCCUCUCUACCUUUCUCUAAGUCUGCCGUUUUUCGCCACACCUCCUCGUCCUCCCAGGUGUGGACAAGGAGAAUGUCCAAGUCUCCCCCAGCUCUGCCUUGUCCACCAGUGGACGGACUCGCCACGGUUCAGCCAGCCAGGUGCAGAAACAGCGCAGCGCUGGAAGCUUCAAGCGGCCCAGCAUUAAGAAAAGAGUAUGAGCCAGAAUACUGAAAGAUGGAUAGGACAUUGCCCUCCAAAGGUCCCUGGUCGACUGUGCCAGACGUUAUGCUGCACUUUUUCAAUGUACUCUUUCUCUUUCCUCUUCCCCGCCCCACCUGUCUCCUUUUGGAUGGUCAAGACUGCCUGACGAUUGUUUAAUUGAUUGAACUGGCUACAUUUUACGUUUAUCGAUCCGAUUUUUUUUAUCAGAAGCUCUGCAAGAGUGUAGACAGAGGGAAAGAUGUCAGGGGAACACAUUUCUACAUGAUUGUGUAGAAACCCAUUUAUGUUUUUUUAUGUGAUAUUUCUAACUGCAAAGAGUACUGAAAAUCAUCAAGGUGUGGCAGAGGAUGAUUAAUAAGCCAUUCUUUAAUUUAUCGAUUUUUAUCUACAUAUACACACUGUGUGUAUAUAGAUAAAAAACGAUCUGUGUACAUACACACAGUUUAUGAACAUGAGAUUACAUGUUGUAGGGAAUAGCUGCAAUGCAUGACAAAGGUUUGGGAUGUGUUGAUCCUCAUUUUUUGCACAUAUGGGCAACAGAGACCUUUUAUCUUUGUUAGUACUCCGAGCUCCACGUAGAACUACAAUACCCAGACCCUGAGGGACACUACACUCGGUGGUUGGGAGAUGUGCGGCUCAAUGUGUACUGCUGAGGCAGUCCCAGUGACAGGAAGGCCAAGAUACAGACCACAGUAUACCCACAGUCUGAGCUCCCUGAACCCCACCCUAUGUUACCUUUUCCCACCCAUGAAGAUUCAGUGGAGCCACCAGUCACAUGACCACAAGUCAUGGAGUAUUGUUUAACUCACCAUCUUGGUAUGUGUAUUUGUAUGAAUUUGCCAAUUUUAUUCUUCCCAGAUAUGUACAUAAAAUAUGUAUAUAUAUAAUAUAGAAAAAGUGAUAAAUAUAUAUAUAUAUAUAUGUACAUAUAUACACACACUAUUCCAUAUGGCAAUGUUGUGUCUCACACGUUGACGUUUUAUCCAUGGUGUGCCUUCAUUAGGGUUUUCCAAUGUGUAUAAUUUGUAAAAUAAAGAAAAAAAUCGUAUUCUGUGGAAACGGAACAGGUACUAAUUAUGAAGACAUGUUCACACUAAGCAUACAUGUGGAAAAGAGCUGCAUUUUAAACGGUAUCUAAUUAUCGUCAAAUAUACAAUCAUCAAUACCCUGUUGCCUAUUAGUAUUUAACCUGUAGAGCUAGAUAGGCUUUAUGAAUUAUGAAGUUAUUCUUUUUAACACUUGACAUAUACAAACUAUAAUCUGAGAAACACUAGAGGGACGAGGCAGACUUGUAAAUAGUAUAUGGCCUUUAUUUUAUUGUUAUGAAUCAUGUUUCCUGUGUGUACCUUUGUAUGUUUGAUUUGUUUACAGUUUGGCCACCAAACUAAAUCUGAUCCAGCCCAUAUAAAAGACUACAUGAGGAUUAAAUAUUCACUGUAAUGAUA